GUAGACUCGCGGUAGCGCAGUAGCAAUCGGACCGAUCACGGAAUGACUGUAGUAUAUAUAUGUGCACAGUAAGCACGAGCCGUCACUAAAAUGAAGUAACAAACCGGAACUAACUGUCGGUCUCUGAGUUGCUUCAUAUCCUCAAAACAAGUCGUUUACGAUUGAAAAAAAAAUUCUUAUUCAUAAUUCGAUACCUUUGGGUAUUUUUCUUAGACACGUUGAGGUUGAUCGGAUUAAUUUAAUUUAAAAAAAAAAUUUUUUUUUUCGAAUAUUGUGCGUUUGUUCUAAGUUAUGUAUCCUAACCUAAAAUCGGAGUAGAGUUUAGGACUGAAUAAACUUUCGAUUAAGGACGUUUUAAUACAGCAUUUACGCGAGCUCUACAACUUCAGACUACUUAUGGACAGAGGCAUGUAUCAACAAUGCCAAUUCUUCUUCGGUACCAGAGCACUGGCGGUCUCUCUUCUGUUACACAUCUUCCUGUUUCUACCAAAUGGCACUCUGGCAGGUUACAACGAGAAAAGACUAUUGCACAAACUACUAGAUCACUACAAUGUUCUAGAACGACCUGUGGCAAACGAAUCAGACCCCUUACAACUGAGUUUUGGUCUAACACUGAUGCAAAUCAUUGAUGUGGACGAGAAAAAUCAACUACUCAUCACCAAUAUAUGGCUAAAAUUGGAAUGGAAUGAUAUGAACCUUCGCUGGAAUGCAUCUGAAUUCGGUGGUGUUAAAGAUCUUCGUAUUCCUCCACAUCGUCUAUGGAAACCAGAUGUUCUUAUGUAUAACAGUGCUGACGAAGGCUUCGAUGGAACCUACCCAACCAAUGUCGUCGUGCGUAACAAUGGAAGUUGCUUGUAUGUUCCACCGGGUAUAUUCAAGAGCACAUGUAAAAUCGAUAUCACUUGGUUUCCUUUCGACGAUCAACGAUGUAAGAUGAAAUUCGGAAGUUGGACCUACGACGGUUUUCAGUUGGAUUUACAACUACAAGACGACGCUGGAGGGGAUAUUAGCAGCUUCAUUACAAAUGGAGAGUGGGAUUUACUAGGAGUCCCAGGCAAACGGAACGAAAUCUACUAUAACUGUUGCCCUGAACCAUAUAUCGACAUCACCUUUGUCAUCAUAAUACGCAGAAGAACUCUCUACUAUUUCUUCAACCUCAUCGUACCAUGCGUACUCAUUGCAUCGAUGGCUGUUCUUGGAUUCACUCUACCACCAGAUUCCGGUGAAAAACUAUCGCUUGGUGUAACAAUUCUACUGUCUCUCACUGUGUUUUUGAACAUGGUUGCCGAAACUAUGCCAGCUACAUCCGAUGCUGUACCUCUGCUUGGUACCUACUUCAACUGCAUCAUGUUCAUGGUUGCAUCUUCAGUGGUCUCCACCAUUUUGAUCUUGAACUACCACCAUCGCAAUGCUGAUACUCAUGAAAUGUCUGAUUGGGUCAAAGUCGUGUUCCUCUAUUGGCUCCCGUGGAUUCUUCGUAUGAAUAGACCAAGCCACACUGCUAGUGCUGAUCCUCUUCCGCAAACUAAUCGACCUGCCUCUGUAGCUACAGAUCGUAAACCAAUCCAUUUCCAAGAUGCUGAGCUGAAAGAACGUUCUUCAAAGAGUCUGCUGGCCAAUGUACUCGAUAUUGAUGAUGAUUUUAGACACAACCACCGUGGAGUUGGAGGUGGUACUGGAACUUUGACUUCUCUACCAACAGCCACCAUUUAUAGGAAUGUAUACAGGCAAAACGAGGACAACACAAACAGUGGACGCCUUCCAGAAUCCUACGUCUCAAACCAUUCUUGCGUGAGCGCAGAUUACGAGCUGGCUUUGAUCUUGAAAGAAAUCAGAUUCAUAACGGAUCAACUUCGCAAAGAGGAUGUAGCAGCGGAUAUAACAAGAGAUUGGAAAUUUGCUGCAAUGGUGGUCGACAGACUGUGCCUUAUUAUAUUCACUUUGUUCACCAUAAUCGCGACACUUGCAGUGCUUUUUUCAGCUCCACAUAUAAUUGUAUCGUAGCUACCCGAGCCAGUCGACGAAUCAUCUUCCAUAGCAGCCAAGAUGGGGACUCCCACCAACCAACUCUUGUUCUGGUCCCUUUCAUGUCUGGCAGCACUCGGUGGACUGGGUUGAAAAUAAUAUCUGGCAGAAUUUCUACGAAUGUAACAGCGCCGAAGCACAGAUUUCUAAAUGAUCCGAUGGAAGCACAAUUUCACAAAAUCCUUGCAUGACGUCAUAUCAACUUAAAUCGAUUUUAUGAUGGCCGGAAUACUGGAUGAAAAAUUCUGCUUCCAGAGGAUAUGAUGCGGUCUAAUGUUCGUAAUUAUGAAAUUAUUUUAGAUAGGAAAAAUACGUGGUUGGUUCAUGAUCCAGAUAAAGCUCAAGCAACUGAUUCCAUACAUAGUUGGCAUUCGUUUUAUACGAUCCCUUGUUUUUGUAACGUGUUCUUUAGAUUAUUACACAAUCAUACUGUGAUAAAUAAAGUUAAAUGUUGAGUCGCAAACCCCGUUCCUCUGAAAUUCAACUACACUGAUCACCCUGUACAUGUGCAUUCGAAAAAGACUGAAAAAUACAUUCCUAAGCUACCGGCGACCUGUCGAUUAGAACUGUCAAUUAUAACUGCUGAUCAGAACUGUCGAUCGGAAGUGUCGAUUUACAUAUUGUCAAUUUUUCAUUGAGCACUCGAUCGUCAGGCCUUCUUAUGUCCAUCGAAUCUACAGUUCUAGAUCGCCAAGUCACCGUUAUGUAAGUUAUUUAGAAAUACGUGGAAACUUUUACUACAGGUGUUAAAUAUGUUUAAAGAAACUUACGAGUCAAUUUCUACAUAUAAAACACGAUUUAAAUAUUUUAUUUCCAUGAUAUUCUGCAUUUACUUUCAUCUUUUUCGAAUGCUUUUAGACUGAAAAACGCUUUGAUGAUGUUAGUUUAGAACGCAGCAUCUGCUAUUUUAAAUACGUAUCACUUAUAGAAAAUCGCUAAAAGAAGUGAGCUAUCCACUUAGUGUCCUUUGCAUUAUUCCUGUCUCUAUUUGCGUACAGGGGAGAUCUCGAAAAAAGUUUCCACAUCAUUGGUCACUUCUGAUAACGAAAAUAUAUAUAUAUAUAUGAUGUAUAUGAUGUUUAUGUAGUUUGUCAGUUUAUAUGUACAAUAUUAUUCUAUCCAUUUCCAGCGUUAUCUGCAAGUUACCAAUGAAACGGAAAUGAGAACUCAUAAAUAUAAUAUACGCUCAAUUCUAACUAAAUGUGAAAUGAAAAUCCGAAUUAUAUAGGUGUUCUGAAAAUGCCCACACUUUAAGUGUAGGUAUGUGCUAUGUGUCAAAUAGAAUUUAGAUCAAAAUAGAAUUGGCUCACUUCUUUAAACACUUCUCCGGGGUGAUGGUUAACAAAAAACAAAUGAUGUUGAAUAAAGUCUUUCAGGCAUUUAUAUUUUCGAGAUUUGGAGUAAGCGACGACCUACAGUAGAUCAGAAUGUGUUUUAGUAUAGUGAAAAAAAAAAUACGUACUACGCCCAUUACGUCUGAGGCGUUUGUUCUCUAUUUUAAAUUUCUUAAAGCUCAACCGUCAGUGAGAUACUCAUUGAGUUUUAAAAGAAUAUUUAUCGUGUGGCUAAUAAAACAUUAGAUAAAAUUCUUAGUAAUAUUAUCUGAUAAAUUUCUUUACAACGUUUUUUCUAAAAACAGAUUUUUCGACACAAACAUAUCUUCGAAACAGAUUUUUAAGAAAAAGCCGCACAGUUAGAGAACUAAACUAAUACCUAACUUCAAUAUUGCUGUCAAUUCAAAAUGGCGCCAAGUAGCCCAAAGUCACAGUGCUAAUUUCUAACCCAAUAGCAAAUGUUGGCUAAAAGGAUUUGAUCAUCCAAUCGGAGAUCCAUUAGAAUCUAACCAACUGUAUCAACUCUACAUAUAUGUUAAGUGUCUUCUCAUCUUGCUGUAUGAUUGUUCUCCUAAAUACCAUCUAUAAAUGGGGAAUUUCUGUAGAUAAUUAUAACAUGUUUAUGUGUCAAUAUCCUAUCGAAGAAGUUGAACUUUGGUGCUAACUUGCUCCCAUCUUAUUAUUACAAAUGAUAGAAGAGGGACAUUAGUUUUUAAGACAUAGCAGCAUUACGAAAACUUUAUCAAUGUUAUGUGUUGUAUGUAAAAACUGAACACUGUUUUUAGGAUAUAAUUUGUGUAAUUAUCUGUUGUAUUUAUAGCACAUAGAGUUUGAAGGUCAGGUAAUAUUGCUGGAAUUAACAGAUUCUACUGAAUGUUCAAUGAGACAGGGCAUUGGGUUGAGGUAAAAUAAGAUAAUAUUAAGAAUUAAAUUGCUGGAGUUGAUCAUACUUCAUUGUUGUCAGAAAUUGUUGACUACAUUUUAUAUCGUACAUUGUAGAUUUAUACUUUUCUUGUAGACAUUGAAAUGAUUUGAUGAGAAUGUUGGAUGAUAUAUACCAUUGAAGGUAGCCGUAUUUAUUUCAAUUAUUGUUUAACGGUCUAGCAUGCUAUUUAAGAAAUGUAACAUUUUGUAUCUUUCAUCUACCAUCUCUGCAAAUUGUACAUAAAUGAAUCAGCAUUAGGAGCAUAAGAAACGCCCCCUUAUAUUCACAUAUCGAUUUGAAAUCAAUUUCCAGACACGUUGAUAUUUCAUUGUGGCGAUUGUCGAUGAAAAUUGUCAGUUCAGUGAAACUCCAGAAAAAUAAAGGAAGUUGCUCAAUUCAUGAAUUCCCUACUCGGAAGGAAGUGGAGUUGAAGAAUUUCCGUAUUCAAUCGACCACAUGAAAUUCUAACAAAGAUGUCAAUAUGUCUACUCAGUUUUUGUUCGGCUAUACCAGAAAUCAUUGGCUUUGGAAAUAAAAUUUCUAGAUUACUUCUCCAACUUAAACAAAGAAUAUCGUGUUCUCACAAAAUGUCUUCCAUUCUAGAAUCUUUAGACUUCUUUUCUUACAAUUUGUGGGACUUGAAAAGUGCCAAAUAUUGGUAUUUAAUUAGAUGUAGUUCUAUGUACUCUUCCUCAUAUAUAUACAAUUAAAAAAAAAUCAUUUCUUAGUAUUCUAAUUGUAGCGGGUUUCAAAGCCAAUGCAGUAAGGGUCAGAAAAUGUCACACUGGAUAACUGACAGCUUGAGAUGAAUGCAUUUCACUCAAAACUUGCAUCCUGAUAGUCCCAAGCUUGCAGGUAUUAUAUUGUUGAAUUCGGAAUUUUUUGAAAGUAUUUGGCGAUUUAAGAGUGAGACUUCUUUCAAUGAAUUUUAGGUUCUAGACAAACUUGACAAUUUGAUGAAACGCAUAAUGUCAUUGUAUAAAGCUGAAUAUCCAGCUCAAGAUCAUCUAUCUCUCUUAACUUUUCCAUUGGGCUGAGAAAAAACAAAGUAAGAUCAAUCCGGGGAUUAUUGAAGUUCUUUCAAUGGAAAUUAAUACCUAAAUAAGUACAUAGGUAAUAAAACUUGAGUUCCAUUGUUCACACAUAAGUAAAUUCCCAGAGAAUGCUAUUACUCAGUAACAAAUGGUAUUUAAAUGAAUAUUGAGAUGAUUCAAAUGAAAAUGACAAUCCAUUUUUGAUCAUUCAAAAAGAAAAUUGAGGAGGGGCAACUCGAAUCCUCGAUUUUAUGUGAAAUGGUACUAUUCUCAAUAGUGUAUGCUCUAGAGAUUCAUUUUUUACCAAUAAUAUUGUUGUAAUGUUGCAUCACAAUGGAUUGUACUUUGUUAAAUGAAAUACUAAUAAAGAAAAUGUUACUACC